AUGGAUGGAGCGGAUAGGUCAGGUUUCAAAGGAAUUGGAUUAAGUCAUGUGAUGAUUUUUAAUACAAUUGUGGAAAUGAUUGGCGCCAACACUUUAAACGAACUCAAUUACACCAUGUCAAAGAGAAACAAGACUUCGUCAUCGCCACAAUAUGUGAAGCUCAUAAGCUCAGAUGGUUUCGAGUUUAUCAUUCAAAGGGAAGCAGCAGUCAUCUCAGGGACCAUCGGUAACAUGUUGUCAAGGCCCGGACAAUUCCUGGAAUCUGAACUCAAUCAAAUCCGUUUCCGUGACAUCAAGUAUGAACUUCUCCACGCCGUGAUCUUGGAGAAAGUCUGUCAAUACAUGUAUUAUAAACUUCGGUACACUAAUUCUGUGACCGAAAUACCAAAUUUCCCCAUCAAUCCUACCUUCUCGCUGGAAUUACUCAUGGCUGCCGACUUUCUAGACUGUUAG